AUGGUGGAUAAGAGGAGGUACGGCACGGGCACCAGAUUGCAGCAGCAGGGUACGCGUGGUGAGGUUGACAUUGGACGAACAUGGACCACCAAGGCUACCUCGCUCGGCGUCGGGAAAGCACCUCAGCGAUCCAAUGCGGUGGGGAAUGGGUGUGCGAUCAGAGACAUGAUCGAUCCCACGUCGACGAGGAAGACGCAGAGGAAGAAAGCGGGCAUCAAAAUGCGACGCGGCUGGGUCACGAUCAAUUGGAAGCUCUUGUGGCUAUCGUGUAGCACGGCAUAUUCGAAUCCUCGGGACGAUGACGGGUGGGCCUGGUCACCCGACGCUCAGAUUCCCCUUUGCUCUGCGAGAUUGAUUAAGCGCCUCAACAAACCAAUCGGUGCUGCUGCUAGCCGUUUCUCUCGUCCCACCUCGUUCGAUCCCAAGGAAUUGAAAGAACCGACAGCCAUCUUGAGAGGAGAUGGUGUAUCGAAGGAAAGGUGCUACGGUGCACGCCGGUAG